AAACAUAUACUAUGUGGUGCUUGUGUGUUUGUUACUUCGUUGACGCCAACACUGCUACGCAUGCAGGUUUUGUUACAUCUUCUUAUUCAUGAUAUCCGGUCGGAUCCUGCGGUGUAAGGAAGAUUCCUACAACGUUUCCGGGGGGUGGAACAAAGAAUUGAUGAACCUACUUAAAAUCGAGUCCAGUGCCAUUCGUCUUGGAAAGCGAUUUCUUGCACUGACCCUAUCUCGUAAAACGUGGUCAAUCUGAAGAAGUCGAAGAAGAAACAGUAGUAGAGAAGCAGUUAAUUCUUGUUCGACGAAUGUACAGGGCGGUAGGCCGGUGGAUGAGAUUCAAGUCGAGAUCGAGAUCUGACUGAUUUGGCAAAGAGAAAGCGUGAACCCCAAGAGCACCACCCUGUAAUAUGGGUGGACGACGGGCGUACGGAGUGUUCAUCCACGACCUCUUCACCCUGACUUGCAUUUGACGCCAGAAGUGCGCCCAAUUGAGACAGGUCACAUCGUUGGGGACCUUCGAGAAAAGUCAUCCACCGAGGAGGAGUAUUUACCGUUUAUCGACCAGCGAGUGCCCUCCUCAGCAUCUAAAUACCAAGAGUACAAAGACGCUGCAAAUGUGCCCAUAAUAAGGGUGUUUAACUGGGGGCUUAUUUCAGGCCAUGGCGUUAUUGAACUCAAAGGCUGGCACCCUCAAUGGUGAAUCCGUCCAGUGUGAGGAGAGUGUGAAUUUUUUGAGUGUCCCCGGCACAAAAGUCACCAUUAUUAGCAACGGGGUCGACUCAAAUCGAUCGGACCCGAGCGAAGCAGAUUCUGAUGUGUGCUCCCGUGAUUAUCACGAUGAAACCCGAGAACAAUGGGACAAUCCUCUUCAAUUUUUCUUUACCAUUUUGGGUUUUUGUGUCGGACUUGGGAAUAUUUGGCGAUUCCCUUAUUUAUGCCAAGCAAAUGGGGGAGAUUUUUUCCCCACUUUAGGAGCGUUUGUCCUACCCUUCUUCAUUAUGAUGGUAAUUGAAGGGAUGCCUUUGCUCUUACUUGAAUUGGGCAUUGGACAGAAGAUGCGAAAGGGAUCUUUCGUGGUUUGGAAUUUCAUUCAUCCAAGCUUGGGCGGGAUUGGUCUGGGAUCAACGGUGAUUGCCAUUUUGGUGGGCUCGUACUACAACGUCAUCAUUGCUUGGUGCAUUUUUUACGUUUUUAACUCGUUCCAAGCAGUUUUGCCUUGGUCAGUGUGCCCAACGGCUCUCUUCGAAUUCAAUCAGACAUUCAGCCUUUCAAAGCCCGUCACAGAAUGUGCAUUAUCGUCCGAAACGCAGUACUUCUGGUACAGAGAGACAUUGGACAUUUCGUCGUCGAUUGAUGUCACUGACGGUAUUCGGUGGUGGAUGCUAAUUUGCUUGAUUCUUUCAUGGAUCAUUGUGUAUUUCACGAUUAUGAAAGGCAUCAAGUCCUCGGGAAAAGUGGUUUACUUCACGGCUUUGUUUCCAUAUAUUGUCUUGACAAUCUUCUUUAUUCGGGGAAUCACGUUGAAGGGAUCUUUCGCUGGCUUGGCUCACAUGUUUUAUCCAAAGAUAGAUAAGUUGUACAGUCCUUCAGUGUGGUUGGAGGCUGCUAAUCAAGUAUUCUAUUCAUAUGGACUAGCUUUUGGAUCGAUUAUUGGUUUUGGCAGCUACAACCCACCCAACAAGAACUGCAUCCGAGAUGUUUACUUGAUAACGGUAUUCAAUGGUUUUACCGCUCUUUACGCGUGUGCAGUUAUUUUCGCCAUUUUGGGCUUUAAGGCCCAACACUUGCUAGAUAUUUGCAAAGUGGAGGAUUUGGAAGUGAUUGCCAAUUCGGUGGCAGCUUAUUCCAGUCUGAAUAUCACCGAAGCAACAGAUGAGUUCUAUCGGGAUUUAAUGGUUUCGGGAACAAUUCCUCAAGAUUUAUAUUUGAAGAAUUGCACCUUAGAGGAUGAGCUGGAAAGCGCAGCUCAAGGAACCGGACUGGCCUUCAUCGUCAUGGCUGAUGUGUUCACCAAAUUGCCAGGAGCUCCAUUUUGGAGUUUGUUAUUCUUUGCCAUGCUUCUCACUUUGGGAUUGGGCUCUCAAAUUGGAAUCUUGGAGGGCCUCCUGGGCACCAUAUUUGACAUUCCCCAAUUUAAGCACAUCAGCAAGCCAGUGUUGUCAGGCUUGGCUUGUCUGUUUUGCUUCAUGAUUGGAUUACUCUUCACCACCGGAUCUGGCGAGUAUUGGCUCACUUUAUUCGACAAAUACGGAGCCAUGGGCUUGACCUUGAUUGCGUUCGUUGAAAUCAUUUCGGUCAUGUAUGUCUAUGGGCAUGAAAAGUUUACCAACGAUCUUCAUAAAAUGACGGGAACGCGGCCGGGUUUCUAUUGGCAGUUCACGUGGCGCUUUCUUGCUCCUUUGACGUUGGCCAUCAUUCUCGUCGCUUCCAUUGCGGGCGAACUCAUCAGUUCAUCCAGUUACUCUGCUUGGAACAUGGAGAGGGGUCGAUCUGAAAUGAAGAGUUUCCCGUCAUGGGCGUUGUGGAUAGCCGCGGGAUUGGCAAUAGCCAGUGUAAUACCCAUUGUUUUGGUAGCUGCUCUGUCCUUUUUCAAGAUGGACUUUUUCACCCGGUCAAUCACACACCGAGCAUCCGUGAAGAACAAAUCUUCCGUGUCUAGUAGUAGAUCAAUGAAACCUAUUCCAACCGUAACGACCUUCACUGACAUGGGCGGCCAUUCCUCUGACGAAGAUAUGGACAAAGUCGCCGUGUAAAUUUCUGUGCCAAGUUAUCUGCCCUUUCGUAAAUGUCCCGUGAUUUAAUACAAGCAGCAGCAACGAGUGAAAAUCGUUUGUAAGAAAAAAUUAUAAUUCAAGAUAACCGCCUCUACGUACAGGAUUGUUGAAUAUAUAGAUGAGAUUGCC